AUGGUUAAGAAUCUGAUAUUAACCUACUACCACAUUCCUCGCCACGGACCUCCCUCACUAGAGGGAUCACAGCCGGUGGAUUCAGGGGAUGGACUCCCUGUUUCUGCUGAGCCAGGACUGACUCAUGACAUCCUUGUAUCCCGCACGUCGGUCCGGCCAAAAGCCUGCAAUCAAGUGACUGGGAGGUGCAAGGGAGGCGGUUUGGAGUCGCCUCCAACAAAUAAGCUCCACAUGUCCACUCCGGGAGAACGGAAGUUCUCCCAAAAAUUCAUGGGACUAGAGGCUUGCAACCUGCCAAUGGGUUUUAAAUUUUAUGCAAAAUACAGUAAUAGAAAAGAGUCUCCUGAUUCCGGAGGAAAGCCUGGUACGGUAGUGCCAGGUAGGACGAGGUUGCAGGAGUCAUAUAGGCUACCGAAACGGAAAAGGACUAGGAUGGCGAUCUGUACUUAUAACGCACGUAAGCUUGCAUCGGAAGCGGUCAUCGAAGAUCUGAUGAUGCAAGCCAAGAAGAUCAAGUACGACGUCAUCCGACUGACCGAGAUGAGACGACGUCACCCUCUCAACGCCGUAUAUGAAACUGGAGAAGAACUGUUCUUAGGAACAUGCGACAGUAGAGGUGUUGAUGGAGUUCUCGUCCUCGUCAACACGAGUAUGGCAAAGAACAUUGACUCUUUCGAACAACUUACGACCCGAAUCGGACGUCUGCGGAUGAGAAGAUGUGGCCCAACACCAGCUUUGACUAUCUUCGUCGCUUACGCUCCAACAUCAAGCUACGAUGAAGAAGAAGUUGAAGCUUUCUAUAUGGACCUGAAGAAGUUCUACCGAGAAGAUCAUGCCUUCUACAAGGUCAUAAUUGGCGAUUUCAACGCCAAAGUUGGCCCAAGAAGAACGCCGGAGGAACUUCACAUCGGGACCCACGGCCUACAAUGGAAUGACCAGGGGGAGAGGCUCUCCGAGUUCAUCAUGACGACUAAGACCAUCCAUGGGAACUCACAAUUCCAGAUGCACUCCUCUCUACGCUGGACGUGGGAGUCACCCGGUGGAGGGCACCGUAAUGCAAUAAACCACAACAUCGUCAAUAAAAGAAGAUUUUUCUUCACAAGGAGAGCAGAGGAAGCCGCCAAGUUCAGAGAGAGAAAUCCCAGAACUGUCAUCAACUGGGAUCUCUUCGCUACACUAGCCGGCUUUUGGGAAGAUUCCGCAAUGGACAACAUCGACGAGGAAUAUGACCGGCUCGUUGAACACCUUCACGACUGCGCGAAGAAGGCUGAGAGUUUUAAAACCACCAAGAGGCGCCUGUCUCUUGAAACUCUUGAGCUGAUACGCCAGCGUGGAGCAGCACGAGCCGCAGAGGGGGGAGCAUCCGCUAUGCCCGUCCAGACUUCGCCAGUUGCAAGACAAGGAUGA